CAGGUCCACAUCACGUGAUCCAACCGAACGAAAUUCCCGAGCUCUGACGUUGAUGCAACCGACGAAGCGGCAGGUCGAGCGGUUUCUCGAUUUCUAACAUAACCAAUUCCCACCCAUCCACCAGCCAUUGACCCUCCCAGCCACCAUGCGACGGACCUUCCGCCUCUUCGCGUCCGUCAAGCCGGCGCGCUAUCUCGACCCCGGCGCGCCGACCGGUCUCACGGGCCUGCUCACUCACGGCUCGCCGCGGAGCACUCUCCUCUACCUGUACUCCAGCACCCUCGAGAAGCUCAACGCUGUCCCCGAGCACUCGCUGUACCGCCAAUCGGUCGAGGCCCUCACGAAGCACCGCAUGUCCAUCGUCGAGUCGGCCGUGGCCCCGGGCUACCCGGAGUGGGCGGAGCGCGCCCGGAAGCUCGUUACCGAGCACCCGGAAAAGUUCCAUAUCUACCAGUCCGGGCGGGUCGACGGCACGCGCGCUAUGCGCAUCGAGAGCGGCGGGCAGGUCUUUGUUGUCAGGCACUUGCCCAAGGACGUUGACGAGAGGGAAGAGGAGUGGGAUGGCGAGAUCAACGAGGGGCCCGAGCUCGAGGGUCCGCGGACCAGGGAGGAGAGGGCCAGCCAGGCGUUGAUUGCUGAGCGGAGAGAUCUGAAGGAUCUUGAGCAGAUCGAAUGGGAGGCAGAGCCGCAGUUGACGGCGGAUCAGAUCUCGGAGCUGGAGAACAAGAUCGGAGCCGGCUUGAUCGAGGAAGUCAUUCAGGUUGCAGAGGGCGAAAACCAACUUGUCGACACCAUGAUCCAGGCCAAAGUCUGGGAGAACUUGGAGGAGCCGCCGGCAGAAGGCCAAUGGGUCUACUUUGAGCGGAAGGCAUGAAGAGCGGCACUGGCCUUGGGAGAAUAACAUUGUGUUAGAAGAGGACCGAGCUGUGCCGUGUACAACAUCUCAGGCGCAUUGUACAUACAUUUAAACGAAUGAGAAACGGCUCCUCGUGGGCCCUAGGGGUUCCCAUGCGUGCACUUUUGACUUUGACUCUGGUUGCGUCCACUUGAUCCCGACUGCGGUACUCUCGAUCCCGGAUUUGAAUUCUGUGAGUGUCGGUAUCAGAAGCAGAUCACAACGUCAGAGUCGAAGGAUUCAAUGGUCUCGAUCAACUAGACUCCCCUCAGUUUUGCCCUGUAAUCACGGCUGUUUAGUUUAUGCCUCGUAGUAGUAGUAAUGACUUGACUGGUUGCUGUAUAUAAUUCAAUCUUGGUUGGAAG